UCCUCCCAUCUCAUUCUUUCCUACAUGGGCACUCGCAGUUUGCAGACAGCGCAGUAACAGACCGAACUCUGUUGGAGAACGAAGACAGACAGAAACUCACAUCACCGGAAGAUAAAGAAAACUCAGAGAAGAUCCAACAAACAUCCUCGGAGCAAACUUCUGUCAUCCUCUCAGCAGCUCUACGAAGUAACAGAUCGGUGCAAUGGCGACACCCAAAAACACCCCGCGAGGUGCCAGCUCCCCGAUCUCCCCCAACCGCAUCACCCGGCUGCAGGAGAAGCAGGACCUGUCCAACCUCAACGACCGCCUGGCCGUGUACAUCGACAAGGUCCGCUACCUGGAGAACGAGAACGCCGGCCUGCGUCUGCGCAUCACCGAGUCCGAGACGGAGGUCAGCCGGGAGCUGACGGGCCUGAAGGCCGCCUACGAGACCGAGCUGGCCGAUGCCCGUCAGACGCUGGACUCCGUGGCCAAGGAGCGAGCCCGUCUGCAGCUGGAGCUCGGGAAGCUGAAGGACGACCACAAGGAGCUGAAAGCCAGGAACACCAAGAAGGAGUCGGAGUUGGCCGGAGCGCUGCAGAGGGUCAAAGACCUGGAGGCUCUGCUGAACUCGAAGGACGCGUCUCUGACCACGGCCCUGGGGGAGAAGCGGAACGUGGAGGUGGAGAACCGGGACCUGAGGGCCCAGGUUGCCAAGCUGGACACCAGUUUGAAUGAUGCCAAGAAGAAGCUGCAGGAGGAGAUGCUGAGGAGAGUGGACGGAGAGAAUCGCAUCCAGACUCUCAAGGAGGAGCUCGAGUUCCAGAAGAGCCUCCAGGCGGAGGAGCUGCGGGAGAUAAAGCGGCGUCAUGAGUCUCGUAUGGUGGAGUUGGACAACGGCCACCAGCAGGACUUUGAGAGCAAACUGGCGGAGGCGCUGGUGGAUUUGCGUUCCCAGCACGAGCUGCAGAUCAACAUGUACAAGGACGAUGUUGGGAAGACGUACAACUCCAAGCUGGAGAACGCUCGGCAGUCGGCGGACAGGAGCAGCCACCUGGUGGGAGAAGCUCACGAGGAGCUGCAGCAGACACGGAUCCGUCUGGAGUCCUCGUCCUCUCAGCUCAGCCAGCUGCAGAAACAGCUGGCGGCCUGUGAGGCGAAGGUGAGGGACAUGGAGGCCGCUCUGUCCCGGGAGCGGGACACCACCCGUCGCCUGCUGGGAGACAAGGACAGAGAGAUGGGUGAGAUGAGGCAGCGGAUGCAGCAGCAGCUGGAUGAGUAUCAGGAGCUGCUGGAUGUCAAGCUGGCUCUGGAUAUGGAGAUAUGUGCCUACAGGAAGCUGCUGGAGGGUGAAGAGCAGAGACUGCGGCUGUCCCCCAGUCCUCCGCCCACCAGAGCGGCAGGAGGUCGUUCCUCUUCCUCGGCAGCUCACUCUCGAUCCGUCCACUGCAGCGCUCAGAGCUCUGCCACCAAGAGGCGCCGGGCCAACGACACGGACAGCGAGGCCUCCAGCUUCGCGGGAGGAGCUGUGGCUCGCACUCGAGUCACCCAGCAGGCGUCGGCCAGCGGGCGGGUCACCGUGGAGGAGGUGGACCAGGAGGGGAAAUAUGUCCGACUCAGCAACAAAGCAGAUGAGGAUCAGAAUCUGGGGAGCUGGCAGGUGAGGCGACAGGUGGGGUCGGGCGCAGCCAUCAGCUUCAAGUUCCCGGCUAAGUUCACCCUGAAGGCCGGGCAGAGGGUGACGAUCUGGGCCUCUGGUGCAGGCGGAGCCCACAAUCCUCCCUCGGACCUGGUGUGGAAGACCCAGACGUCCUGGGGAACCGGGGACGUGCUGCAGACGACUCUGAUCAGUGCCAGCGGAGACGAAAUGGCCAUGAGGAAAGUCACCCGCACACAGUUUGAAGACGAGGACGAUGACAUGGUGGCUCACAGCACCUGUGGGGACGGCGAGUACAACCUGAGGAGCCGGACCGUGCUCUGCGGCUCCUGCGGACUUCCCUCGGACAAAUCCAGCAGCUGCUCCGUGUCCUCGCCCGCCCGCUCCUUCCGCAGCGGGGGGAUCUCCGAGGGUCUCCUGCCCCACUCCUACGUGUUCAGCAGCAGCACUCCUCGCAAGACUGGAUCCAGAGUGGAGACCUGUCCAAUCAUGUGAGCCCCGGGAUCCUCCAUGGAAACACUUAGACUCUGUUAGUUUUCAGUUAUUCAGUCCUUUAGUUACAAGUCGUAGUUUUUAGGUCCAUUUCCUGUGAGUAAUUCCCAAGAUCUUGUAUGCAAUCAAACUUUAUACUGCUUUUUUAUAAUGUACAUAGGCAUGCAUACAACAUAUAUUCUUGCAUUUAAAUGGUGAUGUAAGCAGCCAUUUUAAUUUUUAUUGGUGACAUUAAGAAUUGGAAACUUCUGCCGGUUUUCCACCCGACAGUAAAAGAAGAACCAAGCAGCAAUUUUAACACAUUAACAAAUUAGAGCAACAGUUUGGGCUCAUUUAUUCUAAAAAGAAUGUCACUGGUUAAUUAGUGGUGGGUGAAAUUCACAGCUACUGUAACUUUAAAGAUCAGGCUUUACUUAUUAUACAAUUGCAUGAGAUUUGCAUCACGCUCUGUAAACAUACUGAC